UACCACGUGAUCAAAACACGGACGUAGAAUCUACCGCUGCCACAACACGACUUUCCUCUUUCUGCUCGCCUCCUUGAAGCGCUUCACAAGCAACAAGGAGGGUCUCAUUACAUUAGACCAUUUAGUCAAGACUAAAUCUUACCAGCAACUAUGACUCAGGCUGAGAAAGAACAGGACAACGGGAAGGAGAAAGAAAAGGAGCGAGACAAGGAGAAAGAGAAGGAGCAACAACGAGGAGUGAAGAGACCCAUCGCUCCUCCUCUCAUCCCAGACCCCCUGCAGGAGCAAAUACAGAGCAAUUUCAUAGUCGUCAUCCACCCUGGGUCGAGGACACUCCGCAUUGGCCGAGCAACAGACACUUUGCCGGUGAUACUCCCACAUGUGAUAGCACGCAGACACAAGCAAACUGGACAGCCCAGAUACGAAGACGCCUGGCUGUUGAGAGACGGUCUAAAUAAAGCAGAGAGUAAUGAGCAGAGGCAGAAUGGGCUUAAAAUGGUCGACCAGGCCAUCUGGUCCAAGAAGAUGUCCAACGGAGUGCGGAGGACACCUGUGUCCGCUGAACAGGCCAGAGCUUAUAACUGUCAGAUCCGUCCGGCAGUACUUGACGGCAGCUCCAGGGUGAAGUGGACCAACACUGCCCACCAGCCUCCUCAUCUGGUGGGAGAGGAGGCUCUUCACGUGAAUCCAUCUGACUGUUACAACAUCCACUGGCCUGUAGUCAGAGGUCAGCUUAAUGUGCACGCCGGCCCCGGAGGCUCGCUGACCGCCGUCCUGGCCGACCUCGAGACGAUCUGGAGUCACGUUAUUCAAAAGCAACUGGAGAUCCCCCUCAAAGACUUAAAGUAUUACAGAUGCAUCCUAUUGGUUCCCGACAUCUACAACAGGCAGCACAUCAAAGAGGUUGUCAACAUGCUGCUGCUUAAUAUGGGCUUCUCAGCAAUCAUCGUGCACCAGGAGUCGGUGUGUGCUACAUUUGGCAGUGGGUUGAGCAGUGCUUGUGUCGUGGAUGUGGGAGACCAGAAGACCAGUCUUUGCUGUGUAGAGGACGGAGUGUCCCACCGCAACUCCAGGCUGUGUUUGGCGUACGGCGGCUCAGAUGUGACCCGUACUUUCUUCUGGCUCCUGCAGAGGGCCGGCUUUCCCUACAGAGACUGUCAGCUGUCCAGCAGACUGGACUGUCAGCUCCUGCAGCAUCUGAAAGAGACCUUCUGCCAUCUAAACCAAGACAUAUCAGGACUAAAAGAUCAUGAAUUCCAGACACGUUUCCCAGAAGCCCCAGCUCUUCUCUACCAGGUUCGACUAGGCGAUGAGAAAUUACAGGCACCCAUGGGUCUUUUCUACCCGACCACAUUUGGCAUUGUAGGUCAGAAGAUGACAUCACUACAGUACCGUUCCCAAGGCGACUCUGAGGAUCCUCAUGAUGAACAUUACCUGCUGGCUACACAGAGCAAACAGGACCAGUCGUCCAAAUCUGCUGCAGACCGCAAGGGUAUUUCCAGACCAGGUGGUGGUGUGGAUGGUGAGAUGAGCGGUCAGGGAGGGAUCGGGGAGCUCUCUGACCUGACCAGGGGCUGUGGGAGUGGCGGCGGCGGAGGAGGAGGAGGGAUGAAGGGGGAGAUGGAGUUUGGGCCUGCGCAGGGGGAGUGUCUGAUGGGGGCAGGAGAGGUGGAAGAGCCGCUGUCUGCUCACCUCUCCAGGAAGACCGCUAUCAUGAGCCAGUUUGAGAGCAAAGCCCUGGGCCUGGAUAAGGCCAUCCUGCAUAGCAUCGACUGCUGUGCAUCAGAUGAAACCAAACGCAAGAUGUACAGCUCCAUCCUGGUGGUGGGAGGAGGGCUCAUGUUUCACGGUGUUCAGGAGUUUCUGCUUCACCGCAUCAUCAACAAGAUGCCGCCCUCAUUCAGAAGGCUGGUAGACAACGUGGAAGUUAUCACGCGGCCAAAGGACAUGGACCCUCGGCUGAUAUCGUGGAAGGGGGGAGCAGUGCUUGCAUGUCUGGACACCACUCAGGAGAUGUGGAUCCACCAGAGGGAAUGGCAGCGCUUCGGUGUACGAAUGCUUCGCGAGAGAGCUGCCUUUGUCUGGUGAAACCAAACUGAUUUUACUUGAAUCUAACACUGUGUCUACACAGGAGGAGGAGGAGGAGUGAGAGCAGCAGUUUCAGUGCUCAGUGUCUACACAGGAUGUAUCUGGCACAAUUCACCAUGCAGAAAGACAUGGCAGCUCAGAAUGAUCACUUGAUCAGAUUCAUCCAGUAGAUAAAACAGUGUUGUAGAAUGAAAAGCUCAAGUGUUUCUCUAGAGGCAAAAAUUUAAACCAGGACACCAUCUCUGUGCAUAGUAGGGAAGUAUAUUGUGUUGUUUCAUCCAUCAGAAACCCAGAUGAGGUCAUUGUGUAACCUUUGAACAGUCUUUAAUAAUAUUCUGUAAAUAAUACUGCAAUUCUUCCAUCUAUAUGGAUGUUUGGAUGUCUGUAAAUAAACCCAUCAUACUUGGAUACACAA